UACAGACACUCUGCCCACUGAGCAGUUGUGAUAUUGAGGCUGUACUUUUUAAAAAAAGUGGAGAUCUGUAUGAAAAGAACGAGUACACACGGCCGCACUGAACAGGCCCUUACUGUGUACAGAGUACUCUGUACAAUACGGAGCAAUAAUAAUGAAUCCAUGUAAAAAACGUGCCUGUCAAGCGGUUCGAGAGCGGUUCGUUCGAUCUUGAGCUCAGGAAAACUUUAGUCAUAGGAAAUGGCCCAACUGUGAAAAAAGCCGACUCUUCAGGGAUCACUUCAGGCGUGUUCGGACAAUCUUGUACCCUUUAAGCGACCUUACACACCCUAUCCAACACUGUUUGCAUGAAAAAGGCCUUGUGUUCAUUCUGCCACCACCCUUAUCUCUUUUUUUUUCUUCACUUACACAUGAUUAGACUUCAAUCAUGCAAUAUUAAACUUCAACAGAGUAUUUAGUCUGAAUAGUGAGGGUUGUAACUGAAAUAGACAAGGUGAGGAGUGUUUCAGGUCAUGUAUACUCCGUACAGAGUACUGUCAGGUCAAUAAUGGACAUCUUGUGGAAAGUUGCAACUUGUACGUGCGAACACGCCCUUAAUAAUAAUAAUAUCCGACCAGGCGAGUUCUCUUGUCCACAUGGGGGAAAAUAGAGAAUAGCCCCGCCGGCCUCAACAAUCGCGCUGAUUUUAGUGACAUACGCACCGCACGGUACGGUACUCAUGAAGCCGCCGACCCGACCUACAGCGUAGAUUUAAACGCUCAAAUGGCCGAGGAGUGUUUUUCUGCGCUUUUGGGGAGUCACCCAGUAGCCGUGGCGCUCCUAGCUGCAAGGGCCUUUGCAAGGGUCUGAAUAGGCGAGAUUGCCCAUGUGUUUUCCCCCCUGAUAUCAACACCCAUUGUGAGGGCGAACACCCUAACGUUAGGGGAUGCAUGCUGGUUCUUAAUUGAAGAGCUCCAUGUUCCUCUUCCUUUUCGUCGCGACAAACCCCAUGCAGACAAGCCUCACGGGUUUCAACGGCGAGCUUUUCUCCCUCACUUUCAGAAUUUGGGUUCUUCUUGUUCGUAUAGUUGGACAAGGCUACAGCUUAAAGAUUGGCAUAUAGACGCAGGAAGCGAACCUUAACAGCUAUGAAGCUUCUCCUACAGCUCCUGGCAGCAUGCUGCAUUUUUGUUUCAAUGGCGCUUGGUGAUUCUGAACCAAGCGCUGCGUUGAUAUCACCCGAAGAUAAAGUUAUUAUCGAUGCGUUGGCCGACUAUGGUGUGGACGUACUUGGUCUCGUCGAUCCAUCCGAGCUUGCUCAAUCAACAAAAAGGUCUCUAUCCAUUCCAGCUGAAAUUACUUGCCAUGUGCUCUCCGGAAUUUUCCCACUACAAGUUUACUUGAAGGACACGCCUCAAUAUACAGAAUGGCGCGGCCUCUUCUGGUCGCAGCAGCAAUCGGAAUCCAAACCUGCCUGUAUCUUCCAACCCACUUCGAGCAGUCAGGUCGCCAUCGUCUUGUUGAUGGCGCGUCUAUUGAACUGUCCAUUUGCGGUGAAGAGCGGCGGCCACGCCGCUUUUUCUGGAGCGUCCAGCAUCCCAGACGGUUUAACCAUUGAUCUGCAGCGCCUAAACACGAUCCAGGUGGCCUCGGAUAGGAAAUCUGUCAAGAUUGGCCCUGGAAACCGCUGGCUUGACGUUUAUAAAAGUCUUGAGCCUCACGGUCUGACCGCUGUUGGUGGCCGUGUGUCUAAUAUUGGUGUGGGGGGCCUGACACUCGGAGGUGGCAUUUCUUUCUACUCAGCACAGUACGGCUUCGCAUGCGACAACGUAAAUAAUUUCGAGGUUGUCGUCGCCGAUGGUCGCAUUCUCAAUGCCAACCCUGAAAGCCAUCCAGAUCUAUACUGGGCUCUUCGAGGCGGUGGUAAUAACUUUGGCAUUGUGACACGUUUCGACUUAGCCGCGUAUCCCGCUGGGGACCUAUGGGCCGGCUCACGGAUAUACCUAGCGGAUGACAACACCCGAAGACUCCUUCUUGACGCUGUGGUUAAAUUUGCCAAAGACUGGCCCUCCGAUCCCAAGGCUGCAUUGAUUUGCAACUUCGCAUAUGCCCAAGGCAUGUUCGUUGCAGCUAUCAACAUAGAAUAUACGGAGGCCGUGGAAAAUCCACCAAUUUUCAGCUCCUUCGAAGCAAUCCCCCCAAUGAUAGAUACUUUGGGCAUUAAGUCUCUAUCAGAUGUUACCCUUGAAUUCAAGGAGAGUAAUCCAGACGGCCUGCGUCAAAACUACUGGACUGUCACAGUCAACCUCGACAUCGAGAUGCUCACCUUUGCUGUGGACGCAUACAUGGCCGGCGUUGAUCCCAUCAAGAAUGUUACUGGUAUCGUUCCAGCGCUCACCUUGCAAGCCAUCACGCCCGCUAUGAUCGAAAAGAUGAGUAAGAAUGGGGGUAACGCGCUUGGCCUGGAUUCGUGUGGGAAACCCCUUCUCCUCGUGCUGGUAAACGUUAUGUGGGCCGACAAAGCGGAUGAUGAGGCCGUUCUCAAGGCCAUUUCUAGCAUCAUUAAUGCGAUCAAGUCUGAGGCCAAGUCUCGCGAAAAGCUCAACCGAUUCAUCUACAUGAACUACGCCAGUCAGUUCCAGAACGUGGUUGAAUCAUAUGGCUCCGCAAACCAUGAUCGUCUGGUGGAGGUGGCAAGGAGAUACGAUCCCUCUCAGGCUUUCCAGAAGUUGCAACCCGGGCAUUUCAAGCUCACUGGAGCUCCAGAUAGCAAUCCUCCUGCUAGCUCACCUCCUGCACGGCUAUGAUGGGCUAUGGAUUGAGUUUGACUGUCACCUGUAUACAUAAUAUCAUCAUCUUUCAUAUGUCAAAUUUUAAUAAUAUAGCUCUUUUUUUUUCAUAUAGAUAUGGGCCUGUCAGCCACAGCAUUCCUUUGAGCACAAGCUCUUCUGGCUGGGCUUCUCUUCCUUUAUUCUUGCCACUCAAGUGCUUGCUUUGGUGCCGUCACUUGAAUGGCAGCAUCAAAAGCUUCUUGGUCCGCCCAUCCCGACCUAGCUCUACCUUGCCGCUUGGCAAGAUAUUGGGCUGCCUACUGCCUAUCGAAAGACUAAAUAUAGGCAUCCCCCGGGUGGAAUAUCAGACCCGGGUCAAGGACCAAGGCAUACGCCGGACCAGCCUUAUGCCAGAAAAUCUGAUACUUGGCUCUCUGCCAACAUCGUCAUAGGCAUUUUUUUGGUGGCCGCGCCCCUUCACGUCAUGUAUUUCCAACUUGGAUCAACAAGCAGGGGUUAUCCAUGCCUCUCCGGCGCUAGAUAGUCACGCGGGAGAUCAAAAGCUGAUAGCUGGAUCCCGGUUGUUUCUAACAGGAUGCUAAUAGUGACAACGGGUGCUCCAUGCCCUUAUGUGUUUUCCUAAGACAAUAAUAAUAGUAACAGUUGGUCGGCCGACCGGACGGUGUAGGGAAUGGCAGAUGGGCAGGAUCAGAAUGUACUCUGACUGAGUCAUGUUUUCGCGCCGUGAGUAGUUUGUGGGGUUACAUUGAUGUGGACAUGGUUCUUCUUGUGCUGUUGCAAACACCUGAGACAAAUAAUGAGUGACAUUCCCACAUCAAGCGAUGUGACAGGUUGGAUGAUUCAGAUGUCACUCAGGGACGGCAAAGGGAGGUAAACGAGAACCCGAAAUGUCAAAGAUGUGUUCGAUAAAUGGCAAUGGAAAAGAAGGCUGGUUGGUUCACUUGUGAGAACUCCUCUUGGUGGCAAUGAAAAAGCUGUCAGCUGUAUGCCUGCGCUGCGGUAACGAAAGCAAGAUAGUAUCUUCGAGUUGACCGGCUGAAAGAAAGCAUAUAGAACUUCUGAAAGCUUUUAAGUGAUGAAUGAACUCAGGAUGACCGAAUUAUUGAUUUGGAUUGAUGUUGUAUUUCAUUUACACCCACAUGUCGCAGGGUGGAAGCGAUGGGAAUUCAUCAACGGAAGACAUGACCUGACCAGCAUCAUCAGAUAGUCUUUUGAUGCUUGGACAGCACAUGAGCGCAUUAUCAAGGAAGGUAUACGGGAUUUCAAUUAUGAACAGCCUUGGGAUUUCCAUGACGAGGGAGCUGAUGAUAAUCUUGGAACUUUGGGUGGAUAUGUUUAUGAAUGCUUGAGUUUUGGCUUCUUCAAUCACGCCCCUUCGACCGGAUCUUAGUGUUCCACAGUAACAUUGCUAUUGAUGGAAGUGAGUUUUUUACAUUGGAGACUCAUAUUUUUUUUGGAUAUUUUUGGUAUUUUCAUUCUGCAUCGCCAGCCAGGUUUAGUUGGCAAGCCAAGCCAACUCAACUCUCCGUUUUCCCUUUGUUCUCCUCUUCUUCGUCUUCGGUUGGAACCGACAGGUCCCGCUCUCGGUCCCUGGCGGUAUUAUUAUUGGUACGUUAUUUGCUAGUUAGAUGUGUGAUUCGAGACCAAUCCAUGUUAGAGUUCAACCCAAGCCAAGUCUGGUUUCUAGGCCCUUGCUUGUAUGUGACAACCCUGGAAUGUCAGAUCGGGGCAGCUGGGAAAGUCCAUAAUUCAGGCAUUAUAUGUAUUUUUGGGUAUUACUGAUGUGCUUCCGGGGCGUAUCGCCAAACCCUUUAUUUCCUUUUUUUCUUUUUUUUUUUUCCCCUCGCAUAAACGUUCUUCUGUACGCGGCUGUACCUGCAGCUGCAGUGGGGGAAGAAAGGAACUGGCGAGUCAAAGGAAAGCGGACUAGCCAGCUUUCUGAACCAGGCAAAGAAACCUCUCCUGUUGAGUCUUAAUUUGCCAAAAUAUCAGGGAUGGGUAUCAGGCCGAAACUAGGGCGAAAUACGAUUUGAUUGGCCAUGCCCCUGUCAAAAAAAUUUAUUAGUUCGGCGCCAAACAAUGCCCAUGGUCAGAUAUUAUUUAUUUGUAGAGAACGCAACCAUGCUCAGAGAUGCAUUAACAAUGCAAAAAUAAUGAAGGGGAAUAUAACAAUCCAGAUCUUAUUAUGCGUUGAGUUGAAUGUUUGUGUCAAUACAAAAGUUGGGAAGAGAAGUUGGCUUUUAUUGUUGGAAUUUUGAGGUAAUAUGAUAUCAUCUGUCGGGAUUGUUGUGUGAUUUUUAGCCCUUAUAUAGGAAAGAAAUGCCAAGAUAAGCAAAGAGAGAGAUGUCUGUGGCGGUGCAGAAUCACUUACCUGCCACAGAUCUUGCCUGACUUGGCUGAUUUACUUGCAGUCUCACUAACGUAAUUCACAAGCGAAUUGGACACACAAGUAGACUGGCUGUGUGACCGUGUCUGAGACCAGAACUGGGAAUAAGUGUGAUUUGAAACUGUGAAAAUGUCAGUGCUGAUCUCAGAUACAUUUCAAAGAUAGUGAUCUCACUUGAUCUCAGUUCACAUUGUACCUAGUCUGAGUCAUAUUUUCCAAAUGAAAUUAU